AUGUCUGAAUCUGCCGAUGAACAUCAAUGUCAUUUACGACUAGUAUUUGAGCGCCUUCGUCAUCAUGGUUUAACCAUCAACGUUAACAAAUGCAAUUUUGGUCAAUCAGAGGUACAGUUCCUUGGCUAUAUAAUUAAUGGUAGUGGUUGCCGACCUCCAACCGAUCGUGUCACUGUCAUCACGAAUUAUACCAAACCCGAAACAAUUUGCGAACUUCGUAGAUUCCUCGGUGUUAUAAAUUACUAUCGACGAUCUUAUCACAAUAAAGGCAAGAUGUUUAUCUUGAAGGAUUUCCAUGAUUGCACUCACGUCUUUCUACGUACUGAUGCUGUUAGAGGACCUCUACAAACACCCUACACGGGUCCGUACAAGAUGGAAAAUGAUGUAAACGUAUCCGCGGAUAGAUUGAAAUCAGCUUUCAUCAUAAAUGAUACUCAACGAGACACCAAUUCGGGAAUUCCAAACACACCACCUGAUCAACAAAGUACGAAUUUUACUUCUCAAGGUACCUCAUCUGCUCCUCAACUUCCAACCGCCACGAAUAUUACGCAACGUAGUCCUACGCCUAUAUAA